GUUUUUUUUUGAUAACUGCUAUUGCAACUUGCAAGACGCAGUAAUUAUUAUUUUUUUUCAAUUUUGACUUUUUCCAUCGAAAAAUUGCAAAAAUGAAUAAAGAUAAAAGAGAAAGGCAAGCCAAUUUUACAUUGUUGGAAGAGAAGUCAUUGGUGGAACUUGUUUUGAAAUACGGUUCAAUUAUUGAAAAUAAAGAGACAGAUUCAGAUAUAUGGAAAAAAAAGUCUGAAACCUGGGAAUUAAUUGACAGUGCAAUGGUUGUUUCUUCAGGUAUUCAAAGAGGAUCAAAGGCUUUAAAAAACAAGUGGGAAAAGAUUAAAAGAAAUGUCAAACAACGAUUAGCUGAAGAAAAAAAAGAGAUGUAUAAGACUGGUGGGGGUGUGGUCAAAACAUUUAAAAAAAUUGAGUACUUUGAUAGUAUAAUAGAACUUCUUGGAGUCUCAGCAACUGGGCUGGCUAGUAAUUUUGAUUCUGAUGUUGUUGAUUCGUCCCUGAAUAAUUUAAAACAUACUACUUCUACAACUGUUGACAACAAUGAAGUAGAUGAUUUAUUGUUUGAAUUAGAGGGAAUUAAUAGUCCAAAUAUGUUUGAUGAUAGUGAGCUCUUCAACCAAUCAUCACUCAAUGUUGUCACUGUUGAGCAGUUAGAGGUAACACCCAUUACCAGUAGAAAACCACCAAACUGGGAAAAUUGGACUCCAGCUUCAUUACGCCAGCCAGUUUCUGAUGAACUAGUUACUGGGAAAAAAAAGUUAAUAUCGGGGGUUGUAAAUAAAAACAAAAGGCAGAGAAAAAUGCAUAAUGAUGUUGCUAGUAAAAAAAAAGAUGUAUAUGAAGAGCAGUUACAAUUAAUCGAGGUGGAGAAAGAGAGAGGGUGUAUGCGUUUUGAGUGGGAAAAAUUGGAACAUGAACUAAAGGUUGAGGCAUUAAGAUUAGAAAUUGAAAUUAAAAAAAAAACUCUAUCAAAUUUAAGUUAAAUUUUUAAUCUUAUAAUUUUUUUUAA